GUGACUGGCACAUGAGUGACUAAGCACAGCCAUAUGAACUAAACGUUGUUUUGGGAGUUUAUACCGAUAUUGAAAGAUUUACGAAGAUACUUUUCCUUCCUUAUUCCCCUAAAAAGAAGUACCGGUUUGGACUCUACCGGGUUACCGCAAGAAGGUGGGCUUUCACGGAGUUUGAAUUGACACUCGCAACUCGUCAGAAAGUUAUUUGACGAAACCCGAAGGCGUGACGGAAACACAGUGAGAAGAUUUUUGGUUUCCGUUUGUACAGAAGACAUGUAUCGGAAUAUCGACAGUCAAGGAAGAGGCAACCCCGCGUACGCAGGAGCGUCUGGGUCAAACCCAGUGACUCAGGAGAGCAGCAGCACCUCUACUUCACAGGAGCAGAAGUUUACGAUGGCGAGCAGCAGCUCAUUCGUACCCAGCUUAAAUGCCAUCACAACCAACCAGGACCUCCAGUGGCUUGUCCAGCCUUCUCUCAUGCAUCCACCUGGUCCAUCGCGGUCUCCAGCUCCCCCAUAUCCCUCCCUCUCAGCGCCACGCCCUCUGGGUCCCUCACUUUCUCAUUCCCAUUUCAUCCGAUCAGGGGUCAUAAGGGCUGCUGCAAACACUUCUUCAUCCACGAGGCGCAGGAACGAUGAGCAUCUGUCUCACGAAGAACUGGAGAGGAGAAGAAUAAGGCGAGAACGUAACAAGCUGGCGGCGGCAAAAUGUCGCAAUCGUCGCCGUGAGCUGACGGAUUCACUACAAAAUGAGACUGACCAGCUGGAGGACGAAAAGUCUCGCUUGCAGAAGGAAAUCGCUGAGCUACAGAAAGAGAAAGACAAGCUUGAACUGGUCCUCGAGGCUCAUCGUCCGAUUUGUAAAAUAGAGGAUUCCGAUUCCGACUCCGACGGCCAGCCAACACUAGCAUCGUUCGAGCCCAUCAAACUGGAGCCAGAGGACUGCAGCCGAGCCGGACCCUCAAGAAAGGCGACGGAAAAAAUGGAGAAACCCAAACCAGUGAUAACCAUCCCGAGCAAGCCUGUGACAUCAUCCGCCGCUGCUGUCUCUGAUGAAUCUCUGCAUACUCCGGUGCUUAUCUCCACGCCCUCGCUGACCCCCUUCACAGCAUCCAUGAUCUUCACCUACCCCUCCACACCCAUGGAUGUCUCAUCCCCAGCGGCCCCGCAGAGUGGCAACGUCCACGCCUCCCAACCCCGCCAGCCGUGCGGCGUGGCUCACCGUCGCAGCAGCAGCAGCGGUGACCAGUCGGAUCACUCUCUCCACUCUCCAACCAUCCUCACGCUGUGAUGGAAUCUCUCGUUCAUUUCAGAAUCUGUCUUUGCUUCAUUUCAGCUUCAUGGAAAUGUUUCCUCAAACGCAACACGGGGCAUUGUAGUGUAGGUUUGUUACACUUUCUGUAGAAUGAGCUAAACCAAUGGUGUACGUGGAGUUUAUAUGUCUGACAAUUGGAUGGCACUAACAGCACGUGUUCGAGGUACGUGCUUUCUAAAAGGAUGCAUGCGAAAUGUAAUUACAUAUCAAGUUAUAUCGAGAUGAAUGCUGGCGCAAGCGUAGUGAGAGUUUGUAUAACGUUGCACAUGUUACAUUAGACAUUACAAAUGUCAACAGCAAGGGAAGUAGAGUACUCACUACCAAAAUGGUCCUGGUUUUUGUUUGAGUAAAUUUAGGAAUAUUAUCUACAAAGUUGUGGACCACCUAGGCUGGGCCAUAGGAGUUCCUACUGAUCACAUAUUUAUUUUCAAGAGCAUAAUAUAUUUUUGAUAAUGUUUUUAUUUUCCUCUGACAACUCAACUGUUUCGGUGGGCAGUGCCUUACUUUAUAUCUGAGAUAUUAGAGACAAUAAAGAAUACAGAUUUUGAGAAUUUGGUGGUGAGC